AUGUCUAAGAUCACAGUCGCCGGAGUGCGCCAGAAUAUCCAGCAGCUGCUGGACUACUCUCAGAAUGAGAAGAAGAGAAACUUCCUCGAGACCGUCGAGCUCCAGAUCGGUCUGAAGAACUACGACCCCCAGCGUGACAAGCGUUUCUCUGGCACCAUCAAGCUGCCUUCCGUUCCUCGUCCCAACAUGACCAUCUGUAUUCUUGGUGACCAGCACGAUCUCGACCGUGCUAAGCACCACGGUAUUGAUGCCAUGUCUACUGAGGAUCUGAAGAAGCUUAACAAGAACAAGAAGCUCAUCAAGAAGCUUGCUCGCAAGUACGAUGCCUUCCUUGCUUCCGAUGGUCUCAUCAAGCAGAUCCCCCGUCUCUUGGGUCCCGGUCUUUCCAAGGCUGGUAAAUUCCCUACCCCCAUCUCUCACGCUGAGGACAUGGCCAACAAGGUCACCGAUGUCAAGUCUACCAUCAAGUUCCAGCUUAAGAAGGUUCUCUGUCUCGGUGUUGCCGUUGGCAACGUUGGCAUGACUGAGGAUGAGCUGAUUGCUAACGUCAUGUUGGCCAUCAACUACCUCGUCUCUCUCCUCAAGAAGGGAUGGCAGAACGUUGGCAGCCUUGUCCUCAAGGCUUCCAUGUCUCCUCCCAAGCGUCUCUACUAA